AUGAGUGUCCUCGCCGAUCUAACUUCUACCCUGACAUCCGCUCUAUCAAACCUCCCGCCUCCAGACAAGAUCCAAGAUGCCGAGCGCAUGCAGCUUCUGGGGGUCAUCAGUCAACUCCAAGCGGCAAUAGAGCCUCCUCACCUGCCUAUCCAACGAUUUUGUUUCUCGCACUACGGUAUUGCUGUGAUUCGGAUAGCUCAGGGAAUGGGGAUUUUUGAUGCGUUCAUUGAAUCUCAAGGUUCAGAGAUGUCGCUGAAAGAGUUGUCCUCCAAAGUCAAAGGGGACGAGAAGCUUCUGAAACGUGUCAUGCGUUUUCUGUCUGCUCAUCAGAUCUUCAAAAAAACCGCGACUGAGUCAUAUAAGCCUCUGCCACUGGCAAUGGCAUUUGGAACCGGGUCGGGUCCAGGUGACAUGAUCAAGCACUUCCAUACCAACAUGCAAAUAACUGCAAAGCUCUUCGACUACUUUGAGUUGAAUGGCUACAAGAACCCGGAAGACACAUAUGACGCCCCCUUUCAGCUCGCCUACAACACCAAGAGCCAUUACUUUGAAUGGUUGAAUCAAAAUCCCACAGUACAACAGGCUUUCAACUCGGUCAUGACGCAGGCUCAACAGUAUCGCGGUGCAGACUGGUUCGAUAUCUAUCCGGUACGGGAAAAGCUGCACGUUCCCACGGAUCGGGUAUUGCUAGUUGAUAUUGGUGGCGGCGUGGGCCACGAUAUCAUGGCCUUUAAGAAGCGAUUUCCCGACCUUCCGGGCAAGCUCGUUCUUCAAGAUCUGCCUCAGGUGAUUGACGGCAUCAAUGAACCUCUUCUGGAAGGUGUUACAGCUAUCGGCCACAGCAUGUUCGAGCCACAACCUGUCCGCGGUGCCAAGGCGUACUAUAUGAGAACCGUCUUACAUGAUUUCCCCGAUAAGCAAGCGCUUGAAGCUCUUGCACAUAUCCGGGAGGCCAUGACAGAGGACUCUGUCUUGUUCAUCCAUGAGCAUACGAUGACUGACGGUCUCGAUGUCCCACCGAUCGCGGCGACACUCGACAUUCACAUGAUGGAAGUAUUCUCCUCCCUGGAACGAACUGAAAGGGAAUGGGUUGCUCUCCUGGAAAAGGCUGGAUUCAGGAUGGUCAAGGUCUGGAACGAGGACUCAGCUGGACAGCCUACUGCACUGUUCGAGGCUGUAUUGCACUGA